AUGGCUACUCUAGCAGCUUUCCUGCACACUGCCAUAAGUUUCAGUGAAGUCCCAUCACCACCAUUACUUGAAGACCUCAUAUUAGUGCCUAAAUAUUACCAAAAUAUUGUGGCCCUGGCAUUCACAGUCAAGGAGAUCAAUAAAAACCCUCAGAUCUUAUCCAAUGUCACUCUUGGCUUUCACAUCUAUGACAGUCACUUCAAUGCACAGAAAACUUACCAUGCCACAAUGUUACUGAUUUACAAAAUGAAGAGCUUUGCUCCCAACUACAUCUGUGGCAUGCAGAAUGAUCUGACAGCGGUGAUUGGGGGACUGGACUCCAAAACCUCCAUUGACAUUGCAAACCUCUUGGAUAUCUACAAGGUUCCACAGCUCAUCUAUGGCUCUGCUCCAACUAUGAAUUAUAAAACUCCUGGCCUUUCCUUCUUCCAGAUGAACCCUAAGGAAAAGCUUCAAUAUGAAGGGAUUCUGUCUUUGCUUGCCCUUUUCAGAUGGACAUGGAUUGGGGUAGCUGUGACAGAUAAUGAUAAUGGAGAAAGGUUUAUAGACACAAUUGUUCCACUAUUUUCCCAGCAUGGCAUUUGCUUCUCAUUUAUAGAGACAAUUGCUGUAAUAACAUCUGUCAAUGAAGUUCAUGAUGUGUUAUCCCAUGGUGCAGAAUUACAUGAUAAAAUCAUGGAUAGCAAUGCUAGCACUGUAGUAUUUUAUGGCAAAUCUGAUUCCAUGGUCAUGCUGAGAUGGUUGCCAUAUUUAUCAAAAAAAGAAAAGCCAACAAGUAUUUUUAAAGGUAAAGUGUGGAUAUUGACAGCACAGGUGGAGCUCUGCUCACAGGUCUUUCAAAGGGACUGGAAUACUGAAAUAAUCAACGGUGCUCUGUCCUUCACAGUUCAUGCCAAUGACCCACCUGGAUUCCAAUCAUUUAUUGAAAGUAGAAAUCCUUCCAUGACAGAAGAUGGAUUUAUCAAGGACUACUGGCAGCAGUCCUUCACCUGCGUGUUUAAAACUUCAGAUGAGGAUGAGGUAGAUGGAAAUAUCUGCACAGGAGAAGAGAAACUGGAAAAUCUUCCUGUAACUUUUUUUGAAAAGAGGAUGACUGGUCACAGCUACAGUAUCUAUAACUCAGUCUAUUCAGUAGCCUAUGCUUUACAUGCCAUGCUUUCAUCCAGAUACAGACAGAGGUUACUGAUAGACAAAGAGAGGUUGAAGCUUCAAAACCAAGUUUCAUGGCAGCUUCAUCACUUCCUGAAAGGUCUCUCAUUUAAUAAUAGUGCUGGAGAUAAGGUCUCUAUUGACUACAACGGAGAGUUACUAGCUGGAUAUGAUGUAAUGAACUGGAUUGUUUCUUCCAACCAGUCCUUCAUUAGAGUGAAAGUUGGGAGGGUAGAUCCUGAAGCUGCUGCAGACCAAGUGUUCACCAUCAAUGAAGAUGCCAUAAUGUGGCACAGCUGGUUUAACCAGUCCCAACCUACCUCAGUGUGCACUGAGAGUUGCCGUCCUGGUUCCAGCAAGAAAAUGAAGGAGGGGAAGCCCUUUUGUUGCUAUGACUGCAUCCCGUGCCCAGAUGGGAAGAUUUCAGAGAAGGAGGACGGUAAUGACUGUUACUCAUGUACAGAAGGAAGCUACCCAAACAAGAAUCAGGAUUUCUGUAUACCUAAAACUGUGACAUUUUUAUCUUAUGAAGAGCCUUUGGGGAUCACGUUAGCUUUGUUUGCUCUUUUCUUUUCUCUGGUCUCGGUGAUGGUGCUUGGGACAUUUGUCAAGAACCACCACACUCCCAUCGUCAUUGCCAAUAACCGGGACCUCACCUACCUUCUCCUCCUCUCCCUCCUGCUCUGCUUCCUUUCUGCAUUCCUAUUCAUUGGGCAUCCUGAGAAGGUGGUAUGUCUCCUGCAACAAACUACUUUUGGGGUUGUCUUUGCAGUGGCUGUUUCUUCAGUGUUGGCAAAAACCCUCACAGUGGUUCUGGCUUUCCUGGCCACCAAGCCAGGAUCCAGGAUGAGGAUGUUUGUGGGAAAGAGACUGUCCAACUCCAUUGUCAUGUCCUGCUCUCUUAUUCAAAUAGGCAUUUGCAUGACGUGGCUGGCAACCUCUCCCCCCUUCCCAGAUGCUGACAUGGAUUCAGUAGUGGAGGAAAUUGUCCUGCAGUGUAAUCAAGGCUCUGUGACUAUGUUCUACAGCGUCCUAAGCUAUUUGGGUUUCUUGGCUGUCAUUAGUUUCAUAAUUGCUUUCUUGGGCAGGAAAUUACCUGACACAUUCAAUGAAGCCAAGUUCAUCACUUUCAGCAUGCUGGUCUUCUGCAGUGUUUGGCUCUCCUUUGUUCCAACCUACUUGAGCACCAAGGGGAAAUAUAUGGUGGCGGUGGAGGUCUUUUCCAUCUUGGCCUCUGGUGCUGGUUUGCUGGGCUGCAUCUUUCUCCCCAAAUGUUAUAUUAUUGUGUUGAAGCCCAACCUGAACAACAGGGAACACCUAAUGAAGAGAAGGAAAUGA